AUGGAUUAUGGAGAUUUUCUGCGAUUUUUUUUACAUGGGCAACUCUGUCAAACAUUUAUAGAAGCUGCUCGACGACGAGGUUUAUUACAUGAUGAUACUGAAUACGAAAGAUGUUUGACUGAAGCAGUACUCUUCCAGGUGCCACAACAGCUAAGAACAUUAUUCUGUGUGAUACUCUUAUAUUGUAACCCAACAAAACCAAUAAAUCUCUGGAAUUCAUUUAAAGGACAUAUGACUGAAGACUUCAUGCAGCAUGUUGAUGCUGAAACAGUAGAAGCAAUGACAUUCUACUCAAUUGAAGAAAAGCUGGAAGAACAUGGUCGAAGAUGUAGUGAAUUUGGUAUACCAUCGCCAAUAUCAGUUCCUUAUGAAUUUGAAUCAAAAAUUAUUAACAAGAAAGCAGAACUUCGGAUAGGACAAGAAAUGUAUGCACUGUUGAAUCAAGACCAACUUCCAGCAGCCGAUAAAGUUCUUGCAGCUCAUCAUAAACAAUCAAAUAAUGGUACAUGUUUCUUCAUAGAUGGGCCUGGAGGUACAGGAAAAACUCACCUUUAUAACACUCUGUACCAUUUAUUCAUGGGACAAGGCAUCUAUGUUAUGUCAGUUGCAUGGACAGGAAUUGAUGCAGGUCUAUUGCCGGAAGAAAGAACGGUACACAGUCGUUUCAAGUUUCCAGUAUCUAUCCUAGAAACAUCUACAUCCAGUAUUCGACCACACAGCAAGGAAGCUGAAGAAAUUAAAAAAGCAGAAGUCUUUAUUUGGGAUGAAGCAGCAAUGGCUCCAUCAUAUGCUCUAAAGGCAGUUGAUAUCUUACUAAGAGAUAUAAUGAACAUUAAUCUGCCUUUUGGAGGAAAAAUUAUGGUACUCGGUGGUGAUUUUCGUCAAGUCCUACCAGUUACUCGAUUCGGAAAUAGAUCGGAAUUGAUUGCAGCAAGUCUCAAAAGUUCUGAUCUCUUGUCUAGUUUCAAGGUCAUACAUCUUAGCCAAAACAUGAGAACAGGACCAGGUGAAGAAGAAUUCUCAAAGUGGUUAAUUCAACUUGGCAAUGGUGAAUUGCCAUCAAACGAAUACGAUGAAAUCGACUUGCCUAGAUCCCGCAUGCUUGAUGGUAAUUUGGUCGACGAGAUAUUUGGCCAGCACAUUUCCAUCAAUGAUAUUCCAACUCUAUACAACAGAACAAUACUCUGUCCCAAAAAUCAACAUUCUUUCCUUGUCAAUGAAGAAGUUCUUCAACGUCUACCUGGUACAGAAACAACAUACACAAGUGUGGAUGACGUAGAAUGUGAAGAUGGUGAUGACGUGACCAACUAUCCCACGGAAUUUUUGAAUAGCCUCACACCAUUAGGAAUGCCCCCUCAUAAACUUAAAUUAAAGCCUGGCGCAAUUGUAAUGCUUCUUCACAAUCUCGACGUAAAGCAAGGUUUAUGCAAAGGAAUUCGACUCAUCGUACGGCGAUUACAAAAUCAUACGAUUGAUUGUGAAGUUGCAACAGGAUCUAAUAAGGGAAGCCGAGUUAUAAUACCUAGAAUUACAAUGACACCAUCUGAUAUAUUUUUGCCCUUUAAAUUACGCAGACAUCAAUUCCCCAUUCGACUUUCAUUUUCUAUGACCAUCAACGAAUCACAAGGACAAACAUUUGAACGAUUAGGACUACUUCUACCACAACUAGUGUGUAACGAAAAUAUUUGGUGA